CAAAUCCUCAUCCCCCAUCAUCCAUUCUUUCAAAAAUGACCUAACACCCAACUCCCCCAAAACAAAAAUGGUUCAACUAAUAACAACAACCCGCAUCCUCUCCGCCCUAGAGGCAAUCCCACCCAACCACCGCAGAGACCUCAACCUCCCAAACAACCCAUCCGUCAACACCCCCAUAACCCACGACCAACUAAUCCGCCUAUCCCGCUACUUCCGCAACAACGAUGAAAAACCCACGCCCAACCGCACCCUCAACUACCUCCUAACCGGCACAAAACUCUACAUCCCCCCACCGCCCAAGAAACCCGAACCCAGCCCAGAAUAUCUCGCCCUAAAAGCCCGCCUCCUAGCCGCCUACGAGACAGACACCUACAACCAAAUGACCGCACCCCCGGCCACAAAAAACAGCCCCUCACCCAUCUUCGCCUCGAACACCCCGACCGUCUCGUCGCUCCAUGACCCGUCAGCGCAUGAUCCGGAAGCGGAUACCCUUACGCCGGGGCUUGUGCUGAAUAUCUUUCUCUCGGUGGUGAUUACUGGGUUUAGUGUUUAUUGGGCAUUGGCGAGUUUUGCGACACCGGAGGUGCUUACGGAGAGGGUUUCGUCGGUUUGGAAUGGACGGAAUACCGGUGGGGGUGGUGACGGGGUGUCGGAGGCCGUGAAGGUACUUGUUGCGUUUGGGGCUGCGGCGGGGGUUGGGGUUGCUGAGGUGGCGAUUUAUGCGAUUUAUCUUGGGAAGAUGGAUAGGGCGAGGAGGAAGGAGAGGGGGGUCAAAGAGAGGAAGGUUGUUGUUGGGGAGGUUUUGGGUGCGCAAAAAGAGGAGGUGAAGGAGGUGGGGAAUAAUGUGACGCGGACUGAUGGGGAGAAGGAGGAGAUUUGGGGGAGAGGGCCUAAUGGGGGAUUGCGGAGGAGAGUGAGGGAGCGAUGGGAGGAAGAGAAGGAGAAGGAGGGCGAUUGAUUGAUAGAUUGAUUGUAAGUUAACCGGAUCCCAGUUGACUCUUGAACAGGACGCAUCGUCAUUUGUUUUUGAUACCCCUUCUCGGUCUGAAAGGGCUGAUUUGUAUAAUACGUUUUUAUCGACUCAAAAACUGAGAAUGGCAUAACACCUUCUACAACAAUGAUUCUAC